UGCGCAUAGCUGAUACAUCAACAAACUGCGAGGUAGCAGCACCACCAGUGUUAGGGCUAAGUAUUUGAUUAAGCUAUUUUCUUUAGCUAUUAAUACAUGCUGCAUUGUUAACAUUAUAUUGAUGCCUCUCCCUUCCUCCGGAUACCCCCUGGUGAAGAACUCUUUCGUAAUAAGAUAACAGACAAGGUGGUUGGAGCACUAGACAGGUCCUCACAAUGGCUGACCCUGCUAGAAUGAAAAUUGACUCUGGAUCAGCAUCCAUGCCAAAGGAGGAAUUGCAGGAAAAUGACGUUAGUGAAAAAGAAGGACCUGCUGGAGCCGACGCUUCUGUAGAUUCCAGCUCCCAGCAGUCACAAAAAGAAGACGACAAAGGGGAACUUGCCAAGGAGGCGAAUGCAGGGGAGGAUGAGGAUGAGGGAACGUCAGGUCUAAACGCCCCGGCCUCUAAGAAGUUGAAGGUUGACGUAGAGAAGAAGAAGGAGAAAAAGCAGAAAGUAGAUGAAGAUGAGAUCCAAAAGAUGCAGGUUUUAGUCUCUUCAUUUUCUGAGGAACAGCUUAAUCGUUACGAGAUGUACAGACGUUCUGCAUUUCCCAAAGCUGCUAUUAAAAGGCUUAUCCAGUCCAUCACCGGGACCUCCGUCUCACAAAACGUCGUCAUUGCCAUGUCGGGUAUUUCAAAGGUGUUCGCUGGGGAAAUUGUAGAAGAAGCACUGGACGUAUGCGAUAAGUGGGGCGACACACCGCCCCUGCAGCCCAAGCACAUGAGAGAAGCCGUGAGGAGGUUGAAGAGCCGAGAGCAGAUCCCCAGCACCAAACACAAACGCAUCCUCUUCCACUGAGCUGAGAGCAGAUCCAACACCAAGCCCAAAUGCGUCCUCUUUCACUGAGCCGCCACCACGGCCAAGCAAAGUUAAGAAAGAGGAGCGAUGUGAUCUUAAGGCUAGGAACUGUAAUGAGGUUAUGGAGACCGGCGAGCCGAGAAUCACUGACUGCAAGCAGUGAGUGAUGUUUUCUUUCAGUUGUACUAAUUAUGGACUCACUCGGAUGUCAAAUGUGUUAAUUCAGUUUUCAGUGCUGCUUCUGAAAUGCUUUUGUAGACUGAUGUGUAAGAACAAUACUCAUCUGAAGCAUCACAUUCUUGUAUACAGACCUUUUUUGUUGUAUCAUCUACUCUUUUUUUACUAUUAAAGAAUUUAAUAACAUC